AUGGCUAGUAAAUCGCCACCGGAUAGUAAGGGAGACCUACCGGGGACUAGUGUAGUUAAAGAGUAUCGAAUACCACUACCGAUUUCUGUCGAGGAGUACCAAAUCGGGCAAUUGUAUGCUGUGGCAGAAGCGAGCAAAAAUGAAACGGGGGGAGGUGACGGCAUAGAAGUUGUCACGAACGAGCCUCAGGAACACGAAGAGUUUGGGAAAUGUCAGUAUACGUAUAAAAUAAUUCAUUUAUCCAAAAAAGUUCCCGGUUAUGUCCGUGCCCUAGCACCCAAAGGCUCCUUGGAAAUCCAUGAGAAAGCAUGGAAUGCCUAUCCUUUUUGUCGAACAUGGUACACAAAUGAAUAUAUGGGGGAUUCAUUUCAUAUAAUAAUAGAUACCUGGCAUAAACCUGGGAAUAAAGAUAUCGAGAAUGUUCAUGAUUUGUCGCCGGAGUUGUUGAAGAAACGAGAGAUCGUCAAUAUUGAUAUUGCAAAACCGGUUGAGUCGCGGGACUACAAGGAAGACGAGGAUCCGACCAAGUUCCACUCGGAGAAGACCGGCCGUGGGCCAUUGGAUCCAAAAACUUGGCAGGAGGACAUCAAGACCAAAGACAUGCCAAUUAUGACGUGCUACAAGUUGUAUCGUAUUAAGUUCAAAUGGUUUAUGCUUCAAGGGAAGGUCGAGGACCUAAUCUGUAAAUCGGUUAAGCGGUUACUAACCAAUUUCCAUCGGCAGCUAUUCUGUUGGCUAGAUAAGUGGUUUGGCAUGACGAUGCAAGAUAUCCGACAGUUGGAAGAACAGACAAAGGCAGAGCUUGAAGAACAACGAAAACAAGGCGAAGUCCGUGGAAUGACGGAAAAAUAA